AUGCUGUGGAAUAAAGGACUGAACCGUCAUCUCUUUGACACCACUACAAAAGGAACCAAAAAGACCAAGAAAUAUGGGCCCUUUAUUGUCGAACUCUUCAACCACAUUGGAACAAUCGAGUCACGAGAAAGGAAUCGGUUUGAGGGGCCAACUGGUAUUUCCUCACUGCCAUCAGAAACCAUCCCGCAACAAGCCGCAAUCAAAGCACUUGAUGGCAAGCCUUGA